GAGCACUAUCUAACCAACACUGGUAGCUUGUUGUAUGUAAUUUUUGCAAGCUACAUAAUUUUUUGAUUAUCCCCACCAUGUGCGACGUUGCAACUGUACAAAAGAUUGCCCACUGCCUGGGGGUGAAUCCCGGCAAAGUGCAACUGAACGAAGAACAGGUCGUAACCCGCACCAGUGGCCAAAAAAAGACCGUGGCUGGAUUCGCCACUAUCUUGGAGAGCCUGGCCAAGGAGUCGAAGUCGGAGACUGCCCAAAACAGCAAGGUGUCGCGUGAGGUGGAGGCGCAGGUCUAUCAGUGGAUUGAGUUCUCAGUUCUCUACGUGGCGCCUGGAUCCAAGGACAAGCACGUGUCAAAACAACUGCUUUCCGACUUCAACAAACUCUUUGCCAGCAAAUCCUACCUUGUAGGCCACUUCAUCACUCUUGCCGACCUAGCUGUAUACUAUGCCAUCUACGAUCUUGUGAAAUCCCUCUCUCCUGUGGACAAGGAGGCCUAUCUGAACCUGUCCCGCUGGUUCGACCACCUCCAGAACCGUCCGGACAUCCACCAGGGCGAAACCUUGCUCAACUUCACCACCAUCUACCUGCACGGCUGGGCCACGGGCACCCACAUCUAAUUCCAUUUUGUGCGACUUUUGCAUUUAUCCACUGUCACAACUGAGAAACUUAAGUUAUUUAUUUCUAUUGCAUUUCACAAUGUAGUUUUUUGUGUGAUUAUCAUUUAAUGCCAAUGAGAAGUUCAGCGUUGGAAUAUGAAAUAUCGUUGUUGUAGCCCACAAAAAACGAAAGUUGUUCUCACGUUCUGGGGGCAAAAUGGAUCUCAGCCGUAGCUCCGAAUCACGUUCCCUUGCGAUGGGCAACGUGGGGCGUGUAGCAGCGACUCUUGCUGCGCCAACAUCAGUUUGCCUGCACCUCACGGGGCGAGUUAAGUGAGUUGCCCAUGUCCGAUGGCUCCGUGCACUUCCACAGGCCGUAUGUUUUGCCAACAGUAGUCUGCCAAAGCCGGAGGGUGCCGUCCUCGGAUCCGCUGGCAUACAGCUCGCCAUCGGGGCUGAAUUUCACACUGUGCACGGGCCCAAAGUGUCCCUUAAAAGAUUCUGUAAAGGAAUGAGUCCCAUUUAGCUUACAUUAUUGAACUUUUUAAUAUA